AUGUCCUCACGGCGUGGUGGAGCCAAAUCCAAAGGAGGGGCCAAAUACAACAAUGACGCCAGCAAGAAGAUUCCCGUCCACCAAUCUCCUCCCAAUCAUCCCCAAGAGAACCUACCAGAGCACAGGACCUUCCUAGCUCGCUCUUUGAAUCGAAACGAUGCAGAUAUGGCGGCUCUGGUGGAUUUGAAUCGUUCCAUUCAUUUAGUACGCGAUAACAUCAUUGCAGUCUGUGGUGAGGAAGUCUUGUUGGACUUGGGAGAAGGAUUCUUUCAAUUGACGCCCGAUACGCGUGACAUUAUGCUCACGAUGCCUCCGCUGGAUGAUGAGGAAUUGGAACCACGAGAAAACAUCAACAACAAACGAGCCGAACUGGAAGAGCGCCUCGCAUCCUUGGAGGAAGACCACCGACUGCUUUGUGUCGAUUUUUUGCUCCGCAUGAAACUGCGCCGUCGGCUGCUCAAUCGGUUGGCCCGCCGUUUGAUGCGAGUGUCACACGCCAUGGACGGCGAGGAUGUGAGCCCGCCUGUUCCUCCCAAAUAUGGAGAUUUGAGACUUAAUGUGGAUCCUGAGGAUAUGAAAACGGCCCAGCAACAAUGGCAAUGGCAGGCGGAAGCCAAACAGCGUGUCGCCCAAUUUCGAAGUGAAAAUCCAUCUUCCUUGAUUCCGUUGAUACCGGUCGAAGUCAAAAAAGAAGAGGAAGAAAUUAAGAAAGAAGAAGAAGAAAUUAAGAAAGAAGAGGGAGAUGAUGCGGAAGAAGACGAGGAAGGGGAAAAGGCUGCCACAAGUGACGAGGACGCAGAAAAGGCCGAAUCCGAUGAAGAUGACGACGAAACCAAGGAGGAAGAGGACUCCAAGGAAGAGGAGGAUGACGAAACGGAGGAAAAAGACGACAAAUCAGAGGAGGACUCCAAUGCGGAAGAGGAGGAAAAAGACGACGACAAAACAAAGGAUUCCAGCAAAGAGAAACAGCCAGAUGAAAUUUCCUUGAAGGAGGGAGAGGCAGCUACGGUAGACGAGAAGGAAUCCGCCAUGGAGGGCAUUGAAAAGGACGAGGAGAACGACGGCACCAAAGAAAAGGAGAAAGAAAGCGAGGAUUCCGAAGCAAUGGAAGUGGAAACGUCUGCGGAGGAUGAAAAAGUGGAAAAGUCAGCGGAGGAUGAACAAACCGAAGAUGGGAAGAAGCAAGUAGCAGGGACGGAUGCUCCCAAACCCGAAGACGACGAGAAGAGCGAUGCGGAUAGCAAAAAAGACACUGACGACGUCAAAGAACCAACGACCGAGACGGACUCUCUCAAAGCCAAAGAAGAAGACGAAAAGAACGAGUCAGACGCCAAAGAACAAACGACCGAGACGGACUCUCUCAAAGCCAAAGAAGAAGCCACAGAAGACGAAAAGAGCGAGUCAGAAAACAAAAAGGAGACGAAGGACACUACUGAGCAGACCGCUCCCGAGCAGGCUAAAGAGACCACCAAAAAAGACGAACAGGACGUUGCGGACAGCGAGAAAGAGACUGAGGACAGUGCAGAUAAUCCUACCAAAGGAGACAAAAAUGAGGCGGAUGGCAAUACCGAGAACGCGAACGAUGCUGAUUCUCCCAAAGAACACAAAGAGAGAGACGGAGACAAUACUAAAGAUAAAGAGACCGGAGACGAUGCAACCGACACAGGUUCUUCAAAGGAACGCGAAAAGAACGAGACAGAUGACACUGGAGAAGCAGCAACCAAGGGUGAGUCUCCUCCCAAGGAAGAAGACGACAACAAAGAAGAGGACGACGCAAAACAAUCGACAGAGCCUAAUGAGGACGAUCCGGUUGUUGAAGAUGGUGCAAAAGACAAAGCGGAAGCGAAUCCCGCCGACGACAAGGAUGUCGCAAUGGAGGAACAAUCUGCACCAGCAAAGCCAGAGGAGGAAGACAAAAUGAAGGAUGUAGCAACGGACGAGACAGCUGCAGGCGAACCAUCUGAAGGAGACUCAAACGAAAAGGACGAUGAUGUCGAGAUGGAGGAUGCUGACAAAUUCGACGAUGCCGAGGAAGCAACUGGUGAUGACAAGGGGAAAGAAGCUGAUAACGAGAAGGAGGCGGAAGAAACCCAAGAUGAUGCGAAGAAAGAUUUUGAUAAAGAAGUGCCCAAGUCAGUUGAUGGCGAGGAGGAGAAUGAAUCGGGUAGGGUCGACAAUGCCACUCAACCUUCCCCAGAAACGAAAGACUCUGAUCAGGAGAACGAGGCAACCGAAGCAGCUGGCCACAACGCCGAUGAAACUGCCUCGGCAGAAGCAGCGAGUAGCGAGGAAAAGGAAGACACGAGUGCAGGUGCAGCAAAGGCAGAAUCGUCGGAUGCAUCGGAAGCUAGCGAGAAAGCAACUGACGAAGCGGUGGAUGAACAGAAAAAGGAGGAAGGAGACGAAGAUGAUGCCCAAAACGAGGAAGCAGACGAAUACGAUGCCCAAAACGAGGAAGCAGACGAAGACGAUGCCCAAAAGGAGGAAACAGAAGUGGCCACCACCAAAGAGGAGGAACAGGAACCGGCAGAUCCAAAAACCAAAACCGAACAGUCUCCUUCUGAAGAAAACAAGGACGACAACAUGGACAUUGAUGAACCAGCAGCUGUCAAAUCCGAGUCAAAUGCUGAAGAAGACCGUCCGGAGCCCAAUGGAGCCGUUUCCACUCCAGUAAAGACCAAAGAGGAGGAGGAUGAAGACGAAGACGAGAGUUCCGACAAAACCAGCCAAGAGGACAGUGACUCACAGCAAUCGGAAGUGGAAACACCCCAGAAACCGUUGUUUGAGCUUCCGGAACCGCGUGAAUUGUCCCAGCUUGAGAAAGAUUACGCCAUCCUAUCAGAACAUGUCGAUGCUUACGAGCGAGAGAUCGAUCCGACGACGGGUGAAAUCACUUAUACAAUCCUGAAAGACACAGAUCGCGAAGAAGACUAUGUCGCCAUCAAUCAAGGCGUUGGGGUAGGCGCCGUCCAUCGUCAGAUGAAUCAAUCAGAAAAGGAAGUCGAGUUCAAACGAUGGCAAACUGCGCUGCUUGGUAGGAUUCCGGAAGCGCCUACGUUUGAAGAGAUUGGCAUGAAAAACUGUGUUUUCAUGCUGGAAGAACGGCGCAAAAGACUGCGCUUGAAGCGAGAAGAAGAAGAAGAAGAAGCUGCGAAAAGCAACAACAAGAAGCAAAGGACAUCUUCACCACUAAAGAAGCGUGACGUAGACGACGAGAGCAAGCCAAAAAACGUUGGAGCCGUCGAGAGGAAGAGCCCCAAAAAGUCUCGCGGAGAAGAAGAGGACAACAAGGAGGGCACUGUGUUCACCAAGCGAAUGAAGCCACUUCCUCUCGUUCCAUAUCCGAGUUUCUUCGAAAGUGACCUCCGUCGUAUCCGAAUGGUGCAUUUCGACUUGAUGGCUAGUUCCAUUCAAAGCGGCGUGAAGCAUCGUCUGGAGUCCGCCGAGAAAGAAUACAACUCGUCCUUCAAGGCAUCCAACCACCUGUUUGAUCGCAAGCAGACUCUCGAGGGGCAGUUGCGGCAGCUACUUGGAACAUUCAAGCAAAGGUACGAGAAGAUGAAGGCCGACUACCAGAUGAAGGCGUCCAUGGAAAGGAAGCGAUGGAGACAACUGAAAGCCGAGCACGAUCAAAAACGGCUUCAGAAAUUGUUGCCCAGCAAAUGGAAUGCGCAACCAACUGGGACUCAGAUCACACAAGCUGUUACCCGAAAGUAUAGGGAGGGCAGUCUCCCCCACCUAGCCGGUUCAUGCGUAGCUGACAUUGUGGAUGGUGCAAUCGCCUUGCUCCAAAACUCCAAUCCGCAACUGGAGCCGUUUGAACCUUUCAAAGCUCGUCAGAUGCCUGAUGUCAACAACGUGGUUGUGGAUCCAAACACUGGGGAGACGUUUGGGCAGCAAGCACGUCGCCUUCAAACACACUACCAGAAAGAAAUUCAAGCUGUGUCUCUGAAAUUGAAUGUUGCGGAAGAUGACAGAAAAAGAGCCUGGAAGAAGCUUUUGAAGACACGUCAGGAACAUGAGCAGUCAGGCCAGGCUCCUGCAUUUGGCGCUCAGAGCAUUGCUGGGUAUACGCCAACAAGAAGGAACUCAAUGGAAGGCUAUGCUCCAGCGCCAGGUGUGAAUGCAAGUGAUCAGAUGUACUCUGCCAAGAAGAAAGAGAGAGUGAACCCUGACGGUACCAUUGAGCCUCCAAACAAGAAGAAAGGACCAGACGGUCUUUAUCAGAGGCCCGCUGGCCGUGCCAGACUGAACUGCAGCUGGGAUGCGAAGAGGGGUGUCUGGGUACCCCUUUCAUAG